AUGGUAUCCCUUUGUCUCGUUUUUGGACGGCGUGUACCUUUCAGGGUUCGACUGAUGGCGUUUGGGAACUUGUUCUUCUGUUUUUACUUUGCGUUGAUGACCCUUAUCGUUACUGUGAUGUGUUGGUCGCAAAUACUACCCGACCUGUACAUGGGUGACAGAAACCGGAUACGCCGACAUCGGCUCUGUAUCUUAUUUACCUUCAUCAAUGCUGUCGGUAACUUCGUCCUGUGUAUCUUUACAGAUACUAGUAUUAAACGUGUUACCAAACAGAAACCCAAGGAUGAAAGCGCUGAAACGGGAAAACUCACCACUAAGCUGGAUGGACUAUCCACGACAAAUGAAGAUUCUCUGACCACUCAAGCGGAAAAUAGCAACUACAAGAAAAGACAUUUGUCGAAAAAUAGUCAUGAAAUGGCAAAGAAAAGAAAGCCACACGAGUCAAAAGGUAAAGGCGAAGGUAAGGCUAAACGUGACGUCGACAAAGACAGGAACUUUUGUGACACUUGUCACGUGACUCCCCCUCCAAGAUCCCAUCAUUGUGUAUUGUGUCAAACUUGUAUCUUAAAACGUGACCAUCACUGUUUCUUUAUGACAGUGUGUGUAGGUUACUUCAAUCAGAAGUAUUUCGUUAUGUACUGUUUUUAUAUGAUGAUAGGUACGUUCUAUGGAAUGUUUCUGAUUGUACUGUAUCUUAAAAAGCUAUUUAAUGUCACAUUUCAUGGUCCUCAGACGUUCCUUUUCCUCCUGCUUGAAAUGAUUGGAAAACUGACCAGUAACGCCCCAAUUGGAUUGGGAUACAUAUUCCUUGUCUGUCUGAUGUACGCUUGUUUAACCGCUGGACUAAUAGCUGCCGGUUUGUGGUUUUGGCAGUUACAAAUUACUUUGACCGGACAGACGACAUAUGAAGCCACGUCAGUUGGUGGCGGAAAAUAUUCUAAAUCAAAAAUUGAUAAUUUUCUGGAGGUUUUCGGAAAAUAUUGGUUUUUAACAUUGUUUAUUCCUGUGCCUAUUCGACAACCCCAGUAUGAAGAUACAUUUGUGAAAAGUACCGCUUGUGAUGGCAAUAAGUGA